AUGGAUAGCGGCGCACUCAAGGGCGGUGGCACCCCAAGGGGCCCUCCCAGGGGUGGUAACGCCCCAAGUGGCCUCCCAGGUGCCCUCCAAGGGUUGUUCCUAGGGGCCCUCAAAGAGGCAACUACGACCCCAGGGGCCCUGCCAGGAGCAGUGGCUCUCCCAGGAUCCCUCCCAGGGACGGAGGCGCCUCUAGGAGUUCUCCCAGGGGCAGCAGAGCCUCCAGGGGCCCUCCCAGAGGCGGCACCGCCCCAAUGGAGCUCCGUAGGGGUAGCUGUGCUCCUCGGGUCCUUUCCAGGUGCAGCGGUGCCCCCAGGGUCCCUUACAGGGGCGGUAGCGGCCCCAAGGGCCCUUCUAAGGACAGAGGGGGGCCUUCCCAGGGGUGGCGGGAGCUCUGUCGGGAGUUGUGGUAUCCCCACUGGCCCUACCAAGGGCCGCGGCCCCGCCAGGGGUUCUCCUGGGGGCCUUCCCAGGUCACAACCUCAAGUUUAA